AUGGACGAGGGCGUUGGAAAACAGGAGCCCGUCAUCCCGAUGGGGAAUGAAGCGGAGAGCAUGCCCGUCCGGGAGGAGGAGGAGGUCGGUUUGAAUCUCCUGGACGUGUGUCCCGUUUGUAAUCUCAACUUCCACAGCCGGGAGCCCAAACUUUUGCCGUGUCUUCACUCUUUCUGCAAGAAAUGUCUCCCGUCGCCUUCCAGGAAUUUAGCCAUCAUGGCUUCCCCCGUGGACAGCGCCACCACACCACUCAAUGUGAUCCGCUGCCCGGUGUGCAGACAGGAGUGCAUGGAGAUGGACGUGAUGGAGAACUUCUUUGUGAGGGACUCCGUGGAAGCUCCCAGCAGCACCGUGGAGAGGCCUGUCCAGGUCAGUGUGUCAGGACUGGUCAGGACGGAUGUGUUUAGGUCACAAGCCCACGGUGUGUCCGCCCAGAGGCCGGUAUUCUGUGACACCCACAAAAAGGAGCCUCUGAAGCUUUACUGUGAGACCUGCGACCUGCUCACCUGUCGGGACUGCCAGCUACUCAAACACAGAGACCACAAUUACCAGUUCCUGGAGGAUGCGUACAACACCUACACACAACAGAUGGAGGCCAUGACCUGCAAACUUCAAGACAAAAAGAAAGUUGUGAAAGAAGUGUCAGACUCCAUAAACAACAGGCUGCUUCAGGUGGACCAGAACCGCACAUCAGUUUACAACGACAUCAAGCGGUCCAUCUCCAGUUUGAUCUUCGAGAUAAGCCAGAAGGGCAAGACCCUGGUGAACGAGCUCGAGGCUCUAACGAAGGACCACGAGGGUAUUUUGAGGAAACAGCAGGAGGACAUCGGUUACCUGUCCAAGCACCUGGACCACGUUAUCAGCUUCGCCAAGUGGGCCAUGAGCCGGAACAGGGCUGCGGCCCUCCUGCACUGUAAACGCCUGAUUCUGUUUCAGAUCGCCAACCUGCUGGGGGCAAAGUGCAACCCGUCAUUUCUACCACAGAGCACGGUGCGGUUCCAGUGUCGCUCCUCCUACUGGGCCUCCAACGUAGACCUGGGCUCCUUGGUUAUGGAGAACGCACCGAGCCACCCCCUGGGAGGGGCUCAGGGCAUCCCUCAGCCACCUGCCCCCGCCGGGCGGGGUCCCUUUGGCCCCUUUACUACCCCAGGACCCCGUCUGGCCACCAGCGACACCCUGGCUCAGCUUCAGAUGCAGGUGGACAAGCUGGCCCCACAGCCCCACUGGCAGCCCCAGCAGCACCCGCCUCCACCCAGGACAUGGUACCAGAGUGUCCAUCUCCCGCGAACCGCCCCGGGGCCGCUCCAGAGAAUUUCCCCUUCCCAGAGUUUGCCCCACUUGCCCCAUCAGCCCAGCCGCAGGUUCAUGGUGCCCCCCCCCAACCCUGUUGGCCCCAGUAGCUGCUUACUGGGCCCGGGGUAUACCCCCCAGCCGCAGAGGGGGAUGGUGAGCAGCUCCAGCUACCAGCCCAAAUCCAUGGAUGUGGUCUCCUCUUCGCUGUUUAACCCCCACGAUGCAACGCUCCCCGCAAACGGUGGUCUCGGCUCCCCUCACUCAUGCCAGCUGACUGAGCCGGCAUACCUGAACAAGAGGGAGGAUGCAGGUGGCCCUGCACCGAUACCCGCCUCAGACGACCCGCGCAGCCUGCAGGCGGCCCGGCCGUACAGCAGAACGCAGGGACGGGCGACUCCACCCGCCUGCCCCGUCGCCUGGCAAGAGGAAAAACCAACGUACGUUGACCGGGUCGUUUCCUGCAAAGCCCCGGAGACGCAGCAGCCCGACGGGGCGCCGGGCUCAGCUGCCAAGAGGAGACGGAGGCUGUCGCCGGGGCCCGUCAUCAUCAUCAAAGACGAGGCGGAGGAUGACGCUGGCUAUGUGCAGUCCAACCAGAGAGCCAGCCUCCCCGACAGCACGGGAGACCAACACCAACCUCCAGGCCCGGCUGCAGCGACCCAGCAGCAGUUGCCUCCGCCUCCUCCUAUGGGGGAGGACAAACCCAGGCCCCCCCGACCGCCGCCGAGCCCGGGGAAACAAAGUCAGGCCGAUGUCCCGUCUUCGGCAGGGACGCGUCAAGCGGAGUGGUGUCGAGCCCUGGCGGAGGACUCCGGUGAAGACCGGUGUGCCGUGUGUCAAAGCGGGGGCGAGCUGCAACGCUGUGAUAAGUGUCCCAAAGUUUUCCGCCUUACGUGCCACAUUCCGGUGCUAUCCACGUCUCCCAGGCAAGCCCGGAGCUCCGUCACAUGCAGCGAGGGGUUUUGCUGUCUGUGCCGGGACCUGUCGGAGCCUGCGACCGAGGACGACUGUGAAAACAAACCUGAAGCCAAAACAGUGAAGGAGGAGCCGGGCCUUGAGGGAGGAAUGUCCCCCGCAGACACGUGGAAGUGCAAGCGGCUGCUGCUGUGGCUGUUUUGCAGCAAGAUGGGCUCAGACUUUUGCCGACUUCUGUCCUCCAUGCAGUCCUCUGACAACAGCCAGGUUGUAAAGGAUGGGAUGGAUUUCUCCACUGUGAAAAGAAAGCUUGAAUCUGGGCAGACAAUCUACCAAAGCCCAGCUGAGUUCAUAUCUGACGUCCGCCUCAUCUUCAGGAACUGUGCAACGCUCAAUGAGGCAGACACCAAGGUGGCUUUAGCAGGCAGAAAGCUUGAGGAGCUGUUUGAGGAGCACCUGAGGAUCUUCUACCCAGACUGGACAUUUCCAGAGGACAAAAUGGAGGUCAUUAAUCCUGCCAUCCAUCCUGAUGAUAAAACCUCCCAGCAUGCACUGUGCCAGCACAGGAACUCCGACUCCCAGAGUGCACUGAGCACUCCUGCAAGAUGAGAAGAAGCAGUGUGAGGGCCUUAAACUCUCAUUAACCAUUUACAGUGGAUAUAAAAAGU